AAUCCGAGAAUACUCGGAACAGCUGAAGGACUUACUGCCUGGAGUUCUGUCUCGAGCUCAGUCGGGGAACUCUGAUGCGGUUCAGCCUAGUCUAGGUGCCCCCGAUCGACUUCGAACACCAGUCCCUCUCUCAUCAUGUCAACCUUUCCAGCAGGCUCCUUUAGGCGCAUGCCAUCUGCUAUAGAUGCUAUGUCACAGCGACAACCGGAUCACCCAGCUAACCAUUCACUUCCUGCGUCCCACCCAUAUCAGCUUCCACCGCCUCGCACUUCAGCCCCCCUGCAGUUUGGAGCGGAUCCAUUUUUACAUCAACGGAAUCAAGCAGAGACUCGCGACCCGGAAGAGAUAGCCCAAGGCCGCUCUAUGAUUCCUGGUCAGCAGCAGACGGCGAAUGAGCAGCUUCCCCCCGUCAGCCAGUUACUGACGCCCACCGCCCAUUCGAGCCGCCCGUCAUCUCCCUACCAGCCCCACCGAUUUGGCAUAUAUACCCCCCCAAAUGGGACCACGGCAUCUCCUACACCUUUUCGCCGGAGCGAUUCCAUACCACGCCCUGGGAUACAUGACAGCCCACGGGCGUAUCCGGAGGCCGUUCCACACGCACACUCCAGGAGUCUUCCGCCAUUGUCUCAUAUCUCCACACCCGGGCUAGCUCAUGAGGGUUCGUUACAUCCCCUUCAUAGUGGAUCACCUGUGCAAUCCAGUCAACCCGUGUCAUAUCCAUAUCAUGGAUUUCAUUCUCCGGAGAAGGAGUACGGUAGAGACUUCUCGCCCUCCGAGACUCCCGACUCGACAACGACAACAGGUAGCCAAUCUCAGACAGCAAACGUGCGUCCGCACGUGGUAGAUGAGAGGUACGUCGAGGGCGAAGGCCUAUGCUACAUCUACGCGGACGGCUCGCAUUGCCCUAAGAUUAUCGAUGGGAUUGCGGUCAAUGCAAACUGGGGGAUCACGAAGGCCGGCAAACCGAGAAAGCGACUCGCCCAGGCUUGCUUGACUUGCCGGGAGAAGAAGAUUAAAUGCCAACCCAAUCUUCCUAAGUGUGACCAAUGCCAGAAAUCUGGGAGGGAGUGCAGGUUUGAGAGCGCACCUCGUGGCCAUCGGGCAGCACUCAAGGCAACCCAGCUUGCUAGCAGAUACGAACCUCGAGAGAGCUUUCCCCCUGGAAGCUACGCUUACGGUACCACGUCCCACUCUCCAUACUCGGCAUUACGGGCGUCAGAAAGUUCGGCAUCCCUUCCGAACACCAGUUCUCAGUCCCCGAGAUCCGAAGUAUCGAUGUUGCCUCCAUCCGCCAUGGAAGGCCCUCAAGAUAGUAUCAUGGAUCAUGAGCAAUACGGCUAUCGGAGGCAGGGCCAUCAUAACCGAUCGUCUGCCGGAGCAGAGGAUACCGCUAGACGCCUAACUGAUGACUUUUCGUCCACAUCCCAUGAUUACGCCGAUAUAUUGAUGGAAAUGAAGGACCUGGAUCCCCAAGACCCGCUCGUAUCCGACUGGAAUACCGAUCCGUAUGAAGCGGACGCGGAGCUCACGGUGCAUUAUGUGGAGAGCUAUUUCACCCACGUGAAUGACCGCUUGUACUACAUGUUUCCCCGGAAGCGAUUUAUCCUGUGGCUGCGAUCGUGCCAUACGAAGUCCCUGGAAGACAACAUGCUCCUGUACUCGAUGAUGGCGCUAGGGUCGGUGUUUUCCGACCGGCCCGACAGAGCGACGGCGCUCAAGAAGUACUCACGCACGGCCCGGUAUGCCGUGGAACAUAGCCGACAUUCCCUUUCGCUGCAACUCGCUCAAAGCCGCAUCAUCAUCGGUCUUUGGUACUACGCCAUAGGUGCCCUGGUGAGAGGUUGGGACAUCGUCGGAGCGGCUGUCCGGACUGUGUGUGGCCUACGGUAUAAUGUUGAGUCUGGGGGUGUCAUCGUAGAUCAGAGUCGCCCCUGCGAAUAUGGCUUGCACCCACAAGCGUUGAUCGAGUGUCGUAGGCGGACUUUCUGGGUCGCAUUUCUCAUGGAUCGCAUGUCGUGUUUCUAUACUCCGUCCUCCACCUUCAUCUCGGCUAAAGCAGCUUAUUUGAGACUUCCUUGCCGAGAGGAGGUCUACGAGGCGCAGGAAUAUACCACAGUGCCUUACUUCCAGAGCUUUUUGAACCAAGUGCCCGCCUCUCCUGAAAACGAUACCGCAAGUUUGAGUGCGAUGGCACUACUGAUUGAAAUCAUGUCACUCUGGGGGGACGUGUCGGACCAUGUCUUCCGCUUGUCCCUGGUGCCGUCCGAAGUAUAUAACAAGCUCUUCGAGGACUUCUACACGACUGUGGUCGGACGCGCUGAUGAAUGGGCCGCGCGGAUUCCCGACCAUCUGACCUUCUCAGCCGUGAAUAUGGAACGAAGCAUCCGAACGAAGAAAGCGGAUUCAUUCAUGUCUAUCCAUCUACUUUAUCAUGCAACGUUGAUGGCGCUGAAUAGACAUGCACGAUACCAGAAUCACCGACCGGAGACCGUCGAGCGGCACAUCCACACCAUGCGGAAUCAUGCCGUGGAGAUUCUCCGCAUCUCUCUUGCCCUUAUGCGCUAUGCCUCGGAGUAUGAGCCGUCUCGCAUCAUCCUGGAGCCGGGGACGGCGAGAGGAACCAUUCUGAACCCGUUCCUCGGAUACGUGAUCGUGUCUGCCACGGAUGUCCUUAGUGCGGCAGGAUUGAUGGUCGAUAUGCCGGAGAGUGUGAACCUCAUCCGUGGUGGCUUUGAGGCCGUCCGAGAGCUGACUCGCUUUUGGAGCGGCGCUCUCCAGCUGGCGACGUUGAUCGAGAAGCGGCUAGAGGCUAUGAGCGAGGGCCUGCGUCAGGCCGAUUCUGACCGGAAGGCCGCUUUUAUUACCAACGGGCCAUCUCUGGAUAGCCAAGUGCGCGCGGGCGUGCAGAAACAGCCGGACCUGCUGACGAGCGAAGACCUCAUGUACGGCGGUCUGCCUCGCGAGCAGCUAUUCGGCGCACUGGGAGCGGGCGAUGUUCCAUUCUCUAAUGAGACGAUACUUUGGAUUAAGGAGAGGAGCUGACGGUUUCUCUGCCCGUUUUGGUCGUGAUUUUGCAUU